UUUUGGUUUGUUAGCUUUGGUUGCUUCACUUCAGAUGCCAUGGCGGCACGCAAAGGAUUCCUACUGCCUUUUGGACUUUUUGGAUUAAUUAUUGCUAUCCAGAUUCUAUCUUACAAAAGGGACAUAUCCAAAGAAAAGAAAGCUGGAAGGCUCUAUCAGCUGCAGGAACUAAGGAAGCAGCUGAUUCAUGAACAAUGUCAUGGAGACGCAAAGACAUUUCUGGAUGGGAAGCACAGUUUUGAAGACAUAAGUGAUAAAGAGUUGGACAACUUCAUUGUUGAUGAUAACCAUGGCAUCAUCUACUGUUACAUUCCCAAGGUGGCAUGUACCAACUGGAAAAGAGUUAUGAUUGUUCUGAACCAGAGUGAGCCAUAUCCUGACCCUCUUUCAAUAGAUCCUGACUCUGUUCACAUCCGAAACAAAUUUACCCUCCUGAAUACCUUUUCAAAAAUGGAGAUAAAGGUGAAAUUAAGACAUUACACCAAGUUCCUGUUUGUUCGAGAUCCAUUUAUUCGUCUCAUCUCUGCUUACCGAGACAAGUUCCUACUUAACAAUUCAUACUUCUAUGAGGAGUAUGGUAGAGACAUCUUGCGUUUCUAUGACAACCAGCCUGAUCCACCAAAAACAGAGGAAGAGGCAUUUAAGUUGGGCAUUCGUCCCUCAUUCUACAACUUCAUUCAGUAUUUAGUGGAUCCACAAACAGAGAAGAAGGAACCCUUUGAGCCUCACUGGAGGCAGAUGUACCGCCUGUGUCACCCCUGUCUCAUAGAGUAUGACUUUAUUGGUCAUCAGGAAACUCUUAAGGAUGACGCCCAAAUGUUGCUGAAGAUGCUAAAACUGGAGGACAGUAUUCAUUUUCCACCAGUUUAUGAAAACACAACCACUCCUGAUUCUGUACUGAGCUGGUUCAGGACGGUGUCUUUGGAGGACAGGAGGAGGCUGUAUGAGCUUUAUGAACAAGACUUUAGACUUUUUGGCUACAGAAGGCCAAGUGAACUACUUGAUGGUUGA